AUGUGCCGCCUGUGCACGCGCGCGGAGGCGCCGGCGUGGGCGGUGCACAACCCGUACGUCGAGAACGGCUACCGCGUCACCGGCGGGUUCCGAGGCGCGAUUCGAAGCGUGCUCAUGUGGCACAACGAGACGGCGAACAUCUGGAGCCAUCUCCUCGGGCUGACCGUCUUCGCGCUGCUGACGACGUCGAUGGCGACGGGUUGGGGGAACGCGCACGCGCCCGCGCUGCCGGCGUCGUGGAUCAUGGGCGAGGAGGGGGAGUCGUGGGACGGCGCGGGGGGGGAAGCGCUCAGGGCGACCAUCGCAUCGCUCGCGUCUACGCUGGACGCGGCGUCGUCGGAGGAGGCUGUCCUGUUGCACUACGAGCCCGCGCCGCGGUGGCCGAUGUACGUGUUCUUGGCGGGCGCGUGCCUAUGUCUGUCGUUUUCGGGGAUUUGUCACACGCUGGCGUGCGUCAGCGCGCAGGUGUCGAGCAUCGUGUGGCGGAUCGAUUACGUCGGGAUCGUGACGCUCAUCAUGGCGUCGUUUUACCCCGUGGUGUAUUACUCCUUCAUGUGCGUCCCCGCGUUGCGGACGUUUUACCUCGUCGGGAUUUCCCUUUUCGGGUUUGUCGUCCUGUCCGUGAUGCUGUUGGAGAGGUUCCAGGCGCCGAAGUAUACGCCGUUUCGCGCGGUGCUCUUCAGCGGUUUAGGCGCGUUCGGGAUCUUCCCGCUUCUGCACCAGACGUUGUUCACGUGGCGAAUCGUCCCGACGCCGAUGGUCGUCACGUUCUGGCUGGAGAUAUUGAUGGGGAUGUGCUACCUCGGCGGCGCGUUCAUAUACGCGCGCGCGGUGCCGGAGAGGUGGAACCCCGGACGAUUCGACGUCUGGGGAGGGACGCUGUGUUCGCAUAAUUUGUUUCACGUGCUCGUCGUCGCCGGCGCGUACGUGCACUACAGAGCCGCGCUCGUGUUGAUCGCGUGGAGGGACCAUCACCGGUGCGACGCGGACGCGACGUUGCUGCGGACGUUUUAUCUGGACAACGGGUGGUUAGGGGGGAGGCAUCACGUCCCGUGGAUUCCGCACGGGGAGUUGUGA